AACGCCGUAAAUGACUCAAUUUGGAUUUGGCAUGGAAUAAUAUUACAUUGUUGAGCAGACAUUAGUAUCUCAUACUACGGUACAUCAGCAGUCAUGUCAAGUAAACUUGCAGCGAUAUGGAUGGUUUUAUUCAAUAUAUUAAAUGAAAUUUAUACAGGUCACUCUCUAAAAGUUAUUAGUACAACAUGUGGUGAGAAAUACACUUUGGAUGGCCUAAGAACCAUGAAGGUGGUUAAUUAUGGUAAAGAUGAAUUAAGCGACAACCCUUGUUACGUUGGGUUCACUAAAAGCUCAAACAAUCAAUACUUUUGUAUAUACAUGUAUGUGGAUGACAUUCGGCUGGAUUGUGAUACAUCGGUGGAGUACUACAAAGGUUCUGUAAAUAAAAUUGACCCAGAGGUGAACAUGUCAUGCAAGAAUGUAUCAAAAGACGUAUGGUGUACUGGUCAGUAUGUUAACACUAUUUUUGUUGGGAUCAGAAAAUCUUCCCUUCACACAUCCGAUAUCAUCAAACUACGCGUAGAACUGAAAGAUGUUCCAGCAGAAGGAAAGGAUAAAGACAUACGCGACACUCUCCGCAUAGUAACCACUUUAAGUAUAAUUUUUACUGUGUUAUUCGUCUUUAUUUGUUGCUGUGUGUUCGUCAUCUGCCGUUUAAAGAGACGAAAAAUGGUAUCACGAGGAGCUGUUAUUAUGCAAGCAGAUCAAAAUCAAGCGAAUAAUCCAACACAACCACUCACUCAUCAGUCCAUGGAGCAUAUGCAUUAUAACCUAGAGCUUAUACAAAGUUCAUAUCCAGCACAACAAGGACUAGAACCUGAUAACCCGACCGUGUUGUCCCAGCAGAUAGACCCAGGACAGAAUGAUAAUAACGCACCCAUUUUGGACCCCAGUGCGCCACCAUCGUAUGAAAGCCUUAUGAGCGAAAAACAUUGACGAUUGAUCUUUUUGGUCCUUCUCAAGAACCUGUUACAGCUGUAGCAACUGUAUUGUACAAAAUAUGCUACAAAUUAUCUUUAUCAAACUAUUUAACUUUAGAAAUGUAUUUAAAAUGAUGCUAUGUUGUAUUGGCUAUGAUUGUACAAUGUUUAAUUAUCAAAUGAAAUUGAUUUUUUUUUAUUAUUGCGUAUAUUAAAAGGAGUUGCAUUGAGCUAGAUCUAACAAAGGAUAGAAAACAUAAAACAGUUUGUAUCAAAUGGCAAAUCAUGUAUUUUUCAAUCUCCUUCCACGUCAAUAUGUGUGAUAAAAAGACAUUUAUAACUUUGCUUUGCUCAUUUUUUUGGCAAUAUGACCAUUUCCAGGAGCUCUAGUGAACCAAGAAUCAUACAGCAAUGCUCAUUGGCCCAUGACUUUAAGCUUGUUUAAAACUAGCCCAUCACAUUAAUCGUUAAAUCACGAUAUUUUAGGUUUGAAUGGGUCAACGGUUCGUACACUUUAAAACCUAUCAUCUUUUUUUAUUUAAUGCACCUCUGUGGAAUCUCUUUAAAGCCUGUAGUAUUUGAAAUGAUGUCAGCAUUGUUUAGUUAUAUAUAUAUAUACAUUUUAAAUAAGAAGUAUCUUUUAAAUGUCGAAAAUAACUGCAGCAAAAUCAAUAUGUCAAAAGGCUGUCUAGACCUACAGCCGCCACAAAGUCAGGAUCAUGAUGGUGCAGACAUACAUGCAGAAAGUUAACAUUAUUAUCUGUGUUAUCGUAUAUUCAUGUGUUGUAAUUUAUUUAUACAUGUAUAUAGUUUUUUAACUAUUUAUCUAUGCACUCGAUUAACUUUUGAUUAAAUACUUCAUUAUGCUUUUUGUAAAAAUAAAAUGAAUAAAAAAAUAAUAGAAAUAAAAAAGCGUGUUCUUAAU